CGAAUCCAUUGAUCGAGAGCGGCGGCGAUGGAAGGGAAGGAGGAGGGCCGGAUCUUCGUGGGCGGCCUGUCGUGGCAGACGGACGAGCGCAAGCUUGAGGACGCUUUCGGCCGCUUCGGCAAGGUCGUCGACGCGCAGGCUGAAUGAGCUGGCAGAUUUCCAGAGCUGGAUUGCACCGUGAUGCAUGUUGCUUUCCCAAGCUGAAAUGUUGAUGCUGUUCCUUACAGUUAGAUGCCUGGAUUGUUCACUUUUGCCUGCGUUGAAUAAGGGGGAACAUCCAUUGGUCCUACUGUUGCUAGUGUUCUGCUUUCCUUAGUUCAGUUUGGUGGUCUGAUGAAGAGAGGGGAUGCUACAUUUAAUGGAACAAUUGGACAAGCAACUGGCAUAUAUGCCCUGUUUUUUCGGUCUGCAGUCCUUUUGAUUUUUGAAAUUCUGCUCUGCCAGCACAAGAGCUGCACACACCUGUGGAGAACAUGCAACAGGGGCCAUAUCCAUGACACAGGAGUGGCCCAUCGCUCUACUAUGGAACAGUCAAAACAAAUUAGUGCUGUAUGGGGUUGAGCCGAGUUGAUUGGCUGAUAAGAGGCAACAGAAGUCAUCAAUUUGUUAUAAGUGUCUGGUUGUGUUUAUAGCCAUGUCUUCAGUUGGGUUCAUUGGCGUGCUUUCAGACAGAGAUCAUGACCCGCAGUUGACUUGUUUUGUUUCUAUUUAUAUGAGUUGCCUGCAUAGUUCCUCUACCUUUGUCAGCAUUUAGAAAACUAGCUACAAGCUUGAUCUUUUCCCCAUCCAGUGUUUUGUUAGAACUAGAUAAAGUCUUUCUGCUAUGAUAUAUGACUGCAACUCUUUAUGCAUAUGCUUAGUUCGUUUCAUUGUUAUAACAGCUCUAGGAAAAUUUGGUUUUGCACUUUUUGUAUUUAAAACUCAAGUAACUCCUACUUUAAGGACACCUUGCUCCAAUGUUCUUUCUUGUGUAAUCCAUUUUUUAUUAGAACCAUUGCUGCUUGACUCAAUAAAUGUUUCCAUUGAUUGAAGUUGAAUUUUGUUGAAAGUUCAGAUUUGCAUAUAGGUGCACUGGGCAGUAUUCAGUGAUCAUGUAUGGACAUUUGAAACACUACUGCUGGAGCAGAAAAGUGAUGCUAGCCUCACCAGUGCGAACCUCUGAUUCAUUGUCUUUGUGUGAUAUUGCUUUCAGCCACCUCCAUCUGUUGUAUUGCAGUAUUGGGAAGACAGACAGGGAUUUAUUUAGCAGACCAGCUAGCCAGCAUCUCAGAGUUUCACUGUUGUUUCCAUGGAAAUGGAAGUUUUGCCUCUAGGUUUUCAGCAUUGGUUUAGAUGAUCUGGCAAGUAAAGUAUAUGACAGUGGCAUAUCUACUAGAUUUUCCUGACACCAGAAUAUGCUGAACUUAUUGAGAGAAGUUAGUUCAUGUGGGUAGCGGUAAAAUUGGCGCCGGUUUGGAAAUAGUUCAUUUUGCCAGAACAUGGUGCCUAGCUUUGCUCCUUGUCCGUGAUAAUGAGCUUUGCUGUCUUGGGAAUAGACUUUUUGAUCAAGAUAGUUACAGCUAGAUGUAUAUGUGUCAAGAUUACGAUUGUUCUUGAAUCACCAAGAUCCAGUAAUAACUAAUCUCAAUGCUUCUCUCUCCAAGAUCAUGCUGGAGAGGCACACUAACCGCCACAGGGGCUUUGGCUUUGUGACAUUCGAAGAUCGGCGGGCAGUUGACAGCGCUAUCAAGGAAAUGCAUGGCCAAGAGUUGGAUGGUCGGACCAUUUCAGUGAACAAGGCUGAGCCUAAGAUGAACACAGAUGACACAAGGUAUGACAGUGGUGGUGGACGAGCAGAGUAUCGUGGUGGUAGAAGUGAUGGUCCACCCCCCGGCAAUUGCUUCGAAUGUGGUCGUCCUGGACAUUGGGUUCGUGACUGCCCUAAUGCUGCUGGUGGUCGUUCGGGCAGAUUCUCAUCCAAGUUUAGUGGUGGCAGCGGUGGCGGCAGGGGAGACCGUUUCUCUGGAUCAGAUAGGUUUGGUGAUCGUUACAUGGAUGAUCGUUAUGAUGGUGGUCGUUAUGGGUAUCGUGACCAAGUUGACACAAGAGACAGGUAUGCUGGGGGCCGUGAUCGUUAUGCCAAUGAUCGCUACCCCUCUGGUGGCGAUCACUUUGGUGCGGACAGGUACGGAGGUGGUCCAGAUCGUUAUGCGCCAAGUGGUUAUGGUAGGGAGCGAGAAAGAAGCUACGAGAGAGAUGGAGUUCGUGGUGGUGGCGGCGGCGGCGGCUAUGAUAGGAGUGGCCCAAGGGGUGGUGGAAGCUAUGACAGGGAUGGCCCAAGGGGUGGUGGCUAUGACAGGGAUGGUCCACGUGGUGGUGUCACUGAUCGCUAUGGCGGUGGAGGACCUGCACGCUAUGAUGGAGGAAGUUACAGGGAGAGGCCUGGGCCGUAUGAUCGCCCCAGCAGGGGAGGAGGACGUUUUGAUGAUCGCUACUGAUGAACUGUCUGUAGACUCAAGCUUUUCAUGUUGCAGUAAUGUUAGCAGUUUUUCAUAGCUGAAUGCGUACUGAGUUCUGGAAGAUGCUUAAUGUAUCCUUGGCACUGUUAUGUCUGUUCUGUUUUUUCAACAAGUACUGGCACCUGUGUUGUUACUUGAUAAGUUUAUCUCAUUAUCUGGCGGACUUUUUUUGCACAGUGAGUUCAUAAGUCUUCUCUGAGCAGUUGUGCAUGUUGGGCUUGCUAAUGGAUGUUUCUGUUGGGCAUGUUGGGCUUGUGUUGGAAGCAGUCCUGGCCUAUGUGUUAAGGUUGUCCAUGAUUGCAUAUCAUUGUUGAUCUGAGUAUCUGGUAUGCAAGGAUUAUAUUUUCCAGUGAUUGCUUGCUGUUGGUUGUGAAAUUGUGGGUCUGCGUGGAUUAUAUGUUCAGUGAUGCUCGAUGGCCAUUGUUGUUCUGAAUAUCUGGUUUGCCAGCAGGAUAUAUUUGCAGCGGUCGCUUGUCGUUGCUGGUCUGAAUAUCUGCAAUGCAAAGGAUUGUAACAGAACAGUUGUCCAAAGUAUCCCUGUGUUGGAGAUAGCUGAAACGGUGCAAAGUUCGCUGCUACUUUUGAGUGUUGUUGUCGCCUCGUCGGUCCAGAAGUAGAGCGGUGUCCUGUGACGUCUCUGUAUACCAAACCAAUAGGUAGCGUUGUUUAUUUAUUUCGUUUCCAUAUCAUGGAUUGCCUGACUGACGGCUUGUACAGGUAUUUAUAUAUCUGUAAAUAGCUAAAUAUAAACUUGUAAAUCCAUAUCA